AUGGCCGUCCCCCGCAGAUCAAGGGACGAGGACGCUGCGACAUCCCCACUUAUCCCGCUCCACGAAUACUCGCUCCGCACCCGCCGCCAGACCAUAUUCCCAUUCCCGUCCAGUCAGCAGUUCUUUGGGAUCCGCCUGACUGAAAAGUCAAACAGGACUGACAAGGCCACUGCCUCUGCCAUAAUCAGAAAAUUGCAACAGAGCUGUAGACUCCAGAAUCACUCGUCUCUUCCAUGGUCAAGAAGCUGCCAAGUUAGAAAACCAGCUCACAAAUCAAGAUGCCACCUAACAACUUCCAACUCCAAUCUCUUGUUGCCUCUAUUACGUUCAUGCAAGCGAAAUAAAUGUUGUGCCUUGACUCUCUCAUGUAGCUCUGUUCUGAGUCAAAGUAUCAUGUGAAUACAUGUAGCAGGUGAAAC